AUGAAUGAUAAUGAUAGCAGUAGUAGUAAUAAUGUAUUAAAUGAAUUAGAUUAUAAAUUAAACAUCAAUAGUAAUAGUAGUAAUAAUAAUAUUGAUUUUGGUUUAGUUAGUAAUCAGAAUGAUGAUAAUGUUGAAGAUGAUAUUGAAGAAGAGGAAGAUGAUGACGAUGAUUUAGUACCUGAUCAUAUACUUGCAGAUGACUAUACAACUAAAUAUCAAGAUGACGAUUCAUCGGUAUUGGAUAUAGAUGUAUCGACACUCUCGUUGCUCAUCAACAAAGAUGGCAAACCAUACACCUCGCUGAACGACUUGAUGUUUGACAUUGAACAACAUCCACACCACGCACUGAAGAUGUCGAAUGCAAUCGAUCAAGAUUUACAAUCAUUGCCAUCUGGUGUUAUUAAUACAUAUCUUAGUCAAGCAGAAGAACUUGUACAUUUACAUAAGGUUAUUGAAUCGAAUGAUUUGAUUUUAUCAGAGAUUGGAGAUGUCUUUAAAUCAUUCGAUGACGAACUACAGAAUCUAAUUAAAGAUAUGCCAGACACUCAUAUCACUACACAACAACUCUCACAAGCACUAGUAAAUAGAAUGUUAGUCAAAGAUUCAAUAUCAAAAGUUGUUAAAAAGAUAUUGAUACCACCUGAUCUUAUUAGUGGUAUUAAUAAAGAUGAUAUAAAUGAAGAUUAUAUCAAUUAUAUAGAAGCAUUAGAGCAUAGAAUUGAAUCAUUAGAUGACUUUAUGUCGAGUGAAGCUAUGUUUGCACAAGAUAUGGCAUAUGAAAUCGAUUUAUUAAAGAAGAAAGCAAGCAGACAAGUUAGAGAUUUCAUGUUAAAGUUAAUUAUUAGUUUGAGAAAACCAAGAACAAAUGUGCAGAUAUUACAACAUUCCAAACUAUUUAAAUACUCGAUAUUGAAUCAAUUCAUCUAUAAGUAUUCUCCUUUAUUUGCAAUAGAGAUUAAACAAUUAUAUACAGAAACAGUAUCAAGAAUAUUUAUAUCAUAUUUUAAGAGUUAUUCUACAUCGUUAGCAAAGGUAUACUUUCCCAUUGGUUCAAAGUCAGAUGUUGUAGGAUGGUACGAUAAUGUUAUUAAAGGUUAUUUCGGUAAUUCAACGAAACAGGUCGAUACCAACAAAGCAUCGGCAUUCAACCUCAACAUACCGAAUCUACCCAAUGACAUAUGGACCAGUAUUCGUAGUGAAGUCAUCAAUGAGAUACCAGAGAAGAUCAAUCAAAACCUACUAAGAAGAUCUCAUAUGAUAAUAAGAGCAACCGAUGCACCUCUAAUCAUUCCACAUGCCGCUGUUAAAAACAAUAAGAAAUAUCCAUUAGAACAAAUAUUUAGAUCGAUGAAUAUAUUAUUAUUAGAUACAGUUUGCUCAGAGUAUAUAUUUACACAACAAUGGUUUGCAAGACCUUUAGUAUCUAAUCAAGAGACAUCAGGUAUUAUUAAACCAAUAUUUGAUAAUAUUUUUAAUAUGUUUUAUGAGAAUAUAUAUCAAUAUGUAUCGAAUAGUUUUGAUUGUUUAGGAAUAUUGAUAUCGAUUAAAUUGAAUCAAAUCAUGAUAGAGUUAUUAAAAGAGAGAAAACUAAGCAUACCUUGCUUAUCUUCAUACUUUUACAAGGUAGAUGUCAUCCUAUGGGAUAAGUUUAGUGAACUAUUCAAGAGAAAUAUCGAUAGUUUGAAAUUAGCACUAACAAACAACAAUGGUACAAUAGAUCUUCGACCUCAUAUUUAUACAAGAAGAUUCUCAGAGUUUUAUACAAGUGUUUCUGAGAUCAUUGGAGGAUGGCUAUCUGCAGUUCAAAGAGUUGCUAGACGAGCAGGUCAAUAUCUAUUUGGAGGAGCAGUUGUUCUCUUACUUCCGAGCGUUGAUCACUUUCGUGAAGGAGGUGGAAUCGAAGCUGAUCAACAGUCCAACCACUACCAACGCCGCAACGAACGUAACGGUAUCCACUUAUAA